CUGGAAUUUUUCUUCUCCUUAUUUAUACUUUACGCACUUGCUGGAAUGCCCCCGCUCCUAAAAUUGGUGUCAACUCCACCACUACCGCCAAUAACGAAUCAGAAGACUCCUCUGGGGCGAUUGGUGGGUUUGAAUUUUCACGGAGUGAUAAAAAUCUGGAAACACUUAAAAAUUUAGUAUUCAACAUUAAAAGCGCCCUGAAAGAGCUUCAAAGCCGUUUUCCCGAAGAACUCGAUACGAAAAGACUCUCAAGUAGUGUCCAGACAUUAGAAAAAAAUAUGGCUGAGCUUAAAAGUAAACAAUUCACCUUCUCUUCUAAACUUGAAUAUAUUGAUAAGGCACUUUCCUUGCUAAGCUCGGCAGUUUCCUCAAAGAAAGACGCGAAUGAAACUUUUUUUAGUCGCGUGGAAGACCAAAUAAAGGAACUUUCUAAGGAGCUCUCCGUAUUGAAAAGCCACUGGCCCGGGCCUGCUGACGAAAAGUUUGUGGAGCUGAAUAAAAAAGUAGCACACUUGGAACGUUUACUUAAAAAUUAUGAAAAGUCCAGCUCAGAAGAACAUACUGCCUUUGAAAUGAAGAUCGACAGUUUACUUGCUCUUGUGGAAAACCAAAGGGCGUUUGAGCAGUCGCUGAGCGAGUUUAAGAAAGAGGUUGCUGCUCUCUUUGCUGCCCAGCUGACUGAUCUGGAGUUACUAAAAAAGCAGGUUAGUAGUUUCAAAGAUGCUCUAAUUCCAGAAGCUUCGAUAAAAAGCCUUGUAGAUCAACUCUAUUCGAGGAAAAUGAAGGAGUUCAGCCAAGCAAAAGUCGGGAUGACCGACUACGCUUCUGCCUCGGCAGGCGCCAAGAUCGUCCCUCGGCUCACUACAUCGACGCGUGAAGGCUUUUGGCUACUGAAAUCGCUUUUCCCUUCGGUAUUGCGAAGGAGCGAAUCGUGGGACGUUGUGCUCAAAUCUGACAUGGAGCCCGGGCAUUGCUACGCUCUCCCCGGCCAGGGAGGAAGCAUCGGCAUCGAGCUCUCAGAGCCAAUAAUAAUUAGCCAUUUCACCGUAGAACAUCUCCCUUUUGCCCUUACUCGGGCGCCAUCUGCCCCCCGUGCCAUGGCCCUCUGGGGAGUGAGAAGUUCUGGUGAGCAUACAAAUCUCGGAACGUUUGAAUAUAUUUUUUCAGCAAACUCUGAAUCGUCUCAAACUUUCGAGUUAAAGGAAAAGCACGGCCCAUUCCGCAUUGUAAGACUUGAAGUUCUAAGUAAUUAUGGGAUGGUUCAGUACACGUGCGUAUAUCGCGUCAGGGUUCAUGGGGAACCCAUUCGUAAGGAAAGCAACACGAGCGCUAAAAAUUCAUUGAAAAAAAUUUUUGUGAACUUCAUAAAAACUUUGGGAUGGACUUAAGCGGACAUUUAACUUACUAUAAUUGGUGUCGC